AUGGCCAGCAUCGAAUCCAUCAACGAAGGUGUCCUCAUCAAUGGCUCCAUCAAGGACUCUUACCGCAAGAUCCUGACCCCCGAGGCCACCGCCUUCCUGGCUCUCCUCCACCGAACAUUCAACGGCACCCGUAAAGCUCUGCUCCAGAGACGGGUGAGCCGGCAGCAAGAGCUUGACCGCGGUGGUCUGCCGGAUUUUCUCCCGGAAACCAAGCACAUCCGCGACGAUGACACGUGGAAAGCUGCUCCUCCCGCUCCUGGUCUCAUUGACCGACGGGUGGAAAUCACCGGACCUACGGAUCGGAAGAUGGUCGUCAAUGCCUUGAACAGCAAUGUCUGGACAUACAUGGCCGACUUCGAAGAUUCCCAAGCCCCUACCUGGGACAACCAGGUCGCGGGACAAGUAAACCUCUACGACGCUAUUCGGAGACAGAUCGAUUUCAAGCAAGGGGAGAAAGAGUACAAACUGCGGAGCGAUCGCGUCCUCCCUACGUUGAUCGCCCGUCCUCGAGGCUGGCAUCUGGAGGAGAAGCAUUUCACCGUUGACGGUGAGCCCAUCUCGGGCUCCCUCUUCGACUUUGGCCUGUACUUCUUCCACAAUGCCGUUGAACUGGUCAAGCGAGGCACCGGCCCGUACUUCUACCUCCCCAAGAUGGAGUCUCACCUCGAGGCGAGACUGUGGAAUGACGUGUUCAACCUGGCCCAAGAUUAUAUUGGCAUCUCCCGGGGCACCAUCCGAGGUACCGUCCUCAUCGAGACCAUCACCGCGGCCUUCGAAAUGGACGAGAUCAUCUUCGAGCUUCGUGACCACUCGUCAGGUCUCAACUGCGGCCGGUGGGACUACAUCUUCUCCGUCAUCAAGAAAUUCCGCCAAAACCCGAACUUUGUCCUUCCGGAUCGAUCCGCCGUUACCAUGACCGUCCCCUUUAUGGAUUCAUAUGUCCGACUGCUCAUCAAGACUUGCCACCGUCGAGGUGUGCACGCAAUGGGUGGUAUGGCCGCCCAGAUCCCCAUCAAGGAUAACCCCGAAGCCAACGAAAAGGCCAUGGAUAAUGUCCGACAGGACAAACUCCGAGAAGUCCGGGCUGGCCACGACGGCACCUGGGUUGCGCAUCCUGCUCUCGCAUCCAUCGCCUCGGAUGUGUUCAACAAAUACAUGCCGACCCCCAACCAGCUCUUCAAGCGUCGGGAAGAUGUCUCCGUGACCAGGAACGAUCUCUUGAAUACGAACAUGCAGGGUACGGUGACUGAAGAAGGUAUCAGGAAGAACCUCAACAUCGGCCUUGGCUACAUGGAAGGCUGGCUACGGGGAGUCGGCUGUGUUCCCAUUAACUACUUGAUGGAGGAUGCUGCCACCGCCGAGGUUUCACGAUCUCAAUUGUGGCAAUGGGUCAGACAUGGCGUCAAGACGGCCGAGGGCAAGACCGUUGAUAAGGAAUAUGCGCUGAGACUGUUGAAGGAGCAAGCCGACGAACUGGCGGCCAAGGCUCCCAAGGGCAACAAGUUCGCUCUUGCUGCCAGAUAUUUCGAGGGCCAAGUGACAGGUGAAGAUUACGCCGAUUUCUUGACGAGCCUACUAUACAACGAGAUCACGACCGUUGGAUCAUCGCAGCCCGUGGCCAAGUUGUAA